GGCAAGAAACAAAAUGUAACGAACAAUACGCUGUUUACACUCAAAGCCCGCCAAACAACAAAACGGGUGUAUGUUAAGUUGAAGUCACUUUGUUAAAAAUGUAUAGUUGUUAUUUUAAUAACAUUACAGUUGAAUUUUAUACACGUAAAUAUAAAAGUGCAAGGUCAGACCACAGUCGUGGUUUUCAGGGGGGACGCAUUUGCAGGGUGACGCAUCACAUCUGGAGGAGGGAGCUAUUCGCAGCAUCAGCUGAAGCCAGCAUCAAUGAUCUUCAUCUGUUCGUAGUUUACCUGUAAAACAAAAAUCCACCUGACACCUUUUCUGAUGAACCAUUCUCAGUUCCGCUCGGGAUUUUAAGGCGUGUUGACGACAGCAGCAGGAAGAAGUGUUGCACCCACAUGGGCAGUGUUCUGGCUUUGUCUUCCGGUCCGGGCCAUCAGAACUGGCCUUUUUCCACGGACCCCUCUCCUUCUCGCUGGGACGCGCAUCCUGCUCACUGGGACAGCCCUCCGCGCUGGGAGAGGAGAGAUGGCCGCCUACCCAACCCAGGCAGCUUUCACUCUCUGCACAGGAGCUGCAAAGAUGUGUUUCCUCAACAGAUUGAGGGAGUCAAGAUGAUCCUCAAUAAAACUCUGAGCAGUUUCUUCAAGGUCAGUCAUGCUCUCCAUCUCAGUGCGGUCAGUCCUUCAUACUAUCGAUUCCACGUGGAGCAUCUGCAGUCCGACGAUUACAGCAAAGACAAGGAUGCCCCAGCACUGAUCGGUGAGAUGGACUCUUCAGGCAGCCUGAACGCUCACGCUCUGCUGCAUCUCACCGAGCGCGUACGAGCCAGAACGGUGUUCCAGACCCAGCAGUCCCAGUUUGUAACGUGGCAGUUUGAAACUGAGUACAGAGGGAAUGACUUCACCGCUGCAGUGACAGUAGCCAACCCCGAUAUCCUCAGAGAGUCAGUUAUCAUUGUGGCACACUUUCUGCAGACAGUGUCCUCUGGGCUGGUGUUAGGAGGGGAGCUGGUCUACCAUCGGGGCCGAGCGGAGGAAGGAGGAAUUCUUACUUUGGCUGGACAGUACUCGAGACCGAACUGGGUAGCGACACUGAAUGCUGGGAAAGGAGGUGCCCAUGCCAGCUACUAUCACAGAGCCAACAAGCAGAUCCAAGUUGGCGUGGAGUUUGAAGCCAGUACCAGGACACAGGAGACCACAACCUCAUUUGGGUACCAGAUGGAACUCCCAGAAGCCAACAUGGUCUUUCGAGGUAUGAUAAACAGUCGCUGCAUUAUAGGAGGUGUGUUGGAGAAGCGUCUGACUCCGCUCCCUGCCACUUUGAUCAUGGGUGCCUUUGUAAAUCACAGAGGUGACAAGCUGCAGGUGGGCCUAGGCGUAAACGUGGGCUAAUCCUCCGUUUACCUCUCCUGGAAUUACAAUUUUCUGUCAGGACAUCCAUCCACAGACCUGUUUCAGAGGCGUCAUAAUGACCUGAUCUCCCAAGGUUUACCAGCCUCAUUAAGACACUUCCAACAAACCACCUGAGUACUGUGGAUUGUUUGGGUGAUCCCGUAAUGUCCGUAAAUCGAUUCAUCUCAUCUUGCAACCUACCUCUCAAAACUGAGGUGAUGUUUUUUGCCUGUGCGGUAAUAGGAUUAAAGAGGAGCGUUUUGAGGGGCUCAACAGCUGAGAAGGUGUCACUGUCCCCCUGGAACCAGACAGCACAUCAGAGACUGAAAACUGAAAAAUAAAUAAAAGUUUUAUAUUGUUAGGUAGUCAUAGAGAAACUUAAUGUUUUAGCCAAUUAACUAUAAUUCUUGUAUACCUGACCUUUCUGCUGACCAUUUUCUAUAACACGCCGUGGUAAAAACAGGAAACCUGAUUGGGUUACAUGAUGUAAAUGACCAAAUUCACAUUAGUCUUUGUGGGUUUUAUUUAGCACAGCUCACCAAUGCAUCUGUCUCCUAAAACUUGCAGUUGGGGGUUUCAGAUUGCCCGAGUGCACCAACAUGAAUGAGAUUUGCUGCCCUCAGCAGCUAAGAGAGAAAAAAAUGAUUAAAUGUCCACUUAUCUCAAGCCAGUUUCUGUGAGAGAAUCAAAAUGGUCGGCAGAAACCUAAAAUGGGUGAAACCAUGCUUAAACACCUGUGUGUAUGAUCCUUCAAAAGUGUGUGUAUGAGUAAGUGAUUGUGUGUUUUUCCCCAGCAUAAACAAGUGUGUGAGAUUCCACACAUGAGCAAACAGCCUGUUGACUUUAAGAGAAGAGGCUUUGCUCCAUAUAAACUAACCUCCAGCUGAGGGAUGCGAGAGCGGCUGUAUACUGACUCCACUGAGCCAGGACUGUACUGUAUGUAUAUAGAUGGAAACACUGACCUGUAUGCAACCUGCACUACUCACGCUGCGCUGGGUAUUUCCAGUCCUAACACAUGAAAUGUUGCAUAUAUAUAUAUUAUUUAUACAUAAUUAAUAUAUGAAUUGGAAAGGAAUGACUUUUUGGACUUAAUUUAUUAAAGAUAUUAUUUCUAUCAGA